CAUCUAUUUCAAGAGCCUGAAAAGCAUUUUGGGAAAGAUUUGGCACUAUAACAUAUUACGCGCACGUGAACAUGGAGUUCCAGGAUUUAUAAAAUAUAAAAGGCUUGUGGCUCGAAGACAUUGACGAUUGGCCAAAAAUGGUUAUCAUUUCCGGAAUUCCACUAUCGACCAUUACUUGGAUUUGUACAGCGACAUCGAGGACAUAGACUUGUGGUCAGCGGGGGUGGCGGAGGUGCCGCGAAGGGGUAGCCUGGUGGGGCCGACCUUCAACUGCAUCAUCGCCGGUACAUUCAGGGAUGUCAGGCGUGGCGACCGAUUCUGGUACGAAAACGAUGGCUGGCCAAGCUCUUUCACACCAGAACAGCUUUCAGAGAUCCGAAAAAUUUAAAUUAUCCAGGCUUUUAUGUGAUGCUGGUGACAAUAUUCCCACCUUACAGCUGAGAGCCAUGGAAAUAAGUGACUACAAUGUGAACCCUAGAGUAUCUUGCUCAAGUGGAUCUCUGCCUACAUUGGACCUGACAUAUUGGAAAGAUUAUACGUCAAAUAAGGGACCUGACGAGUAUUUUGCAGAGAACUCAGUUGGCUUGAAGCCUGUGGAGACAUUUUUUGAAGACAGUAACUAUUUUCCAAGCUCUAGUCUAUCGAACAGUGGAAAUCGCUAUGAAACUCUAGAUUCUGAUUUACUCAUACAAGAUGGAACAACCUGGAAUGAAAGUACUUCAUAUUCAACUUUUACAGGCUCAUCCUUUCCUUACAG